AUGUGGGGGCACGUCGCCGCCAGGGACGGCGCGCUGUCCCGUCGCGCCGUGACGUGUCACGCCGACGUCUCGCCUACGUCACGUCCACUCCGGGGCGACGAGUCCGCCAAAUAUUUACUGCGCCUCGCGCUGCGACGCGUAAAUCAUUCUCGGAACGCGUCUGCUCUGCAAGCGGCGGGUCGAAUACACCGACUUUGCGUAAUGGUCUCCGUGUGCCGUGAUCACCGCAAAACGCGAUACGCAAACGGCCAACAGUGGCCGGUACACACUCAAGACACCGGUCACGACCCAAUGAUAGAGCAAACAAAACCCGUCGGCGUGUCGACGUCGGAACAUUCGAGAGAGCGUCAGCAGUCCAUCGUACCGCGAAAGCCUAAACACACCGCCCGGCUAAUUCACAAACAAUGCCCA